AUGACGAUGAUGGCCGCGAAAAGAUCCCUCCGCCUCGCCCGGGCGGCCAUCUCUUCCGCUAAGCUGAACCCACGGCCGAGAACUCUCAGCUCGGAAAGCGGCGGCGGCUCAUCAUCAACCAUCGAUUGGAAGGCCUCCCUUAGAGAACAACUCAGAAACUCCAGCUCGGAACAGAGCAGCUCUGUCUCCAUCUACAGAGUCCCCGUCACAAUGCGCCAGGUGGAGCCCUCCGCCUACACUCCGAACCUCGUCUCCAUUGGCCCUUACCACAACGGCGCAACCCACUUGAUGGAAACGGGAGACCAGCUCAAAUGGCGCUUCGUCAGCCGCCUCUUCCGCUCGAACCGGGUUGAGCUGGACCCGGUAUUCGAUGCCCUGGAGAGCAUGGAGGACGAGGCGAGGAGCUUCUACGCCGACGAUGUCAAAAUCGACGGAGAAUUCGUGCGAACGAUGCUAUUGGACGGUUGCUUUGUGAUCGAAUUGCUGAGGGAAUUGGAGAAGUACGGGUUCAGAAACGGCUCCCCGAUGAUACAGAAAUGGAUGCUGCCGAAUCUCCGUCGGGAUUUGAUCAUGCUUGAGAAUCAACUCCCCCUCCCAGUCCUCCAGAUGCUUUUUCGAUUGACGGAAGGCGGGAAGGGAUCGGAGGAUUCUUACAGGGAUUCGUUGCUGAAGCUGGCACUUCGUUUCUUCAGUCCUCUGUUGCAGAGGGAAUCCCCUGAAGUUUUUCCCAAACUUCAGGGGGGAAAGGUCCAAGAAACCCAUCAUCAUUUCCUUGAUUUCUUCCGCUCCAGGAUCCUUCCAAGAGAAGCCAUAGAAGCAGAAGCUUUACACGCUCCCCUGCCCCGCCGGAUACCGGAACCUCAUCGUCACUGCCACCAGGAACCCAACAUGAUACGAUCAGUGAAGGAGCUGGCGAAGGCAAGGAUGUUCGUGGGGAAAAGGAAGAACAACAGGCCGUUGGACGUGCAAUCGGAUGGCAACCGGCUCGUGAUACCACCCAUUUACCUGGAGGACGGCAGGGGGACUCUGUUCAGGAACAUGGUGGCCUUCGAGCAGUGCCACGGAGGGUGCAAGCCCCAAGUGACCGCCUACGUGUUCUUUCUCAAUGGUCUCAUCAACUGCGAGGAGGAUGUGGCUUUGUUGACGAGGAAAGGGAUCAUCCAUCACACUCUGGGUAGCAAUCGGGAGGCGGCUGACUUGGUCAACGCCCUGACCAAGGAGGUCGUGGGCGGGGACACUAGGGAGUCAUACCUUCAGCGUGUGCUUGUGGUCGCCAAUUCGUACAUGUCCACCACUUACGCCGUCAUGGGAGCCCCGCUGGUGGAUAAGUACUUUGGGAAUUGGGUCAUGGCUUUGUCGACCCUAGGGUUUUGUAUCUAUGAAGCUCCUAGUUUCAUGGCUCGGGUCCGAGAUCUGACCGAGACUUUCGAUGAUGACAAUGAGUAGUUGAGUAGUGGUUUUUUCUUCAUCUUAUCGCCUCUAUAUUGAUGGUUUGGUGGGGUAUACGGGUUUCACUAAACCCCUGCACAUUUUCUUCUUGAUAAUAAAGGGU